AUUCAAACUCUGCUCGUCCCAGCAACUCCCUUCUCACUGUCUCAACACCCACCACAAUCAAGUUUACAACAGUCUCACACUGCACUGCGCGAGCUCCCACCCACCACAAGCUGUACACACACACAGCCCUUGACAACACCUUGCUAGCCUUCAUCCAACAUCAACAAGGCCUUCGUCCACAAUCUGGUUCCCGGCACUCGUCCCGCCCCCGGGUUCGCCCCUCUCGCCCACACUGGAGCUCACCACCAACACCCGUGACGGGAUAUGGAUAUGGACCCCCAGAUGUCUGCACACGACCAUGUCGACGAUCAUGCGGACGACAAUGAUGAGCUAGGCGAGGACGAUGACCACCCAGACGACUCUGAGACAAAGCCUCAUGUCAAGAAGACCGGGCGGCCCAUCUUGUUUGCCAAAGAGGUCAAGUGGAAGGAUAUCCCCCAGUGGUGGUCACGCACCGAUUGCCCCCUCCUGCAGCUACCAGACCAUGUGCUCAACAGGUGUUUCGCUCUUGACACUGGCCUGGGGCUACGCGACUAUAUUGCUCUGGCGGGCGUAAAUCGCUUCCUUCGCUCCCAGUUGGACGAUCGAGUCUUUGAAGAAGUGUGCAUUCACCACCGACUCACGGCCGACGACUCACUCAUCGAUCGCGCCCCACUGGCGACCUCUGCUACUGUCAGUCGAGUGGUACCAGAUUGGCACAAACCAAAGGAGCGACACUCCAUUCGGUCACUUCCUGGCAACUUCUAUCGACCUCGAGGUGCAAGGAAGGACUGGUCAAAAGCUCAAUAUACGGUCUACCGGCAAGAGCGGGAGAUUCACCUUGCCACGGAGCGACUGAAGCGGUACCAGCAAGGCCUACAGGCUAGUAUCAAUCGCCAAAACGCGCUCGGACAGGCCGUCUUCCAUCCGCCUGUGAAGGAUGGCAACGUGCUAAGGCAGGUGAUUGGUGUUGUGAAUGGGCGACGAAAUGGCGAGCGAUCGGCGAAAGUGGGCACGGACGCCGGCCCUCAAGGCUAUGUCUCCCGUCUGGAGCCCAAGCCUCGCGACAUCUCUCUCCUCCGUGGCCGGGUGUGGGACAGUGAAGGGAAAGCCCAGCUUGAGGCGCAGCUGCAGCAAGCAAUUGAUGCGGCUACCAACCCACAGCACCUGAGCGACGACGAUCAAGGCGAGCCCGAGUAUGCUGGGAGGAAGCGCAAGCGGCCAACGUGGUCGGUGCCCAAGACUCCAGAUGAUUCAGACAGCGACGAGUUUGAGUGGGAUGAGAAGGGCAACAAGGUGGUUCAUGACUUUUGGCCCAGCACAUGGAGGGCCAGGGCAGUCUCUGCCAUUCAUGACGUGAGGAUGAACAAGAAGGCUGCAAGGGACAAGUACAAGGUGUCUGAAGCCGAGCUAUUGACCUUGAAGCAUGUUCUUGUGCACAAUCCCAUGAACUCGACUGCUCCAAAGCAAUUGUUCCUCGAGGCAGCUGUAGAAGCCCUUGCAUUCCGCUCUCACGGGGGCCCUGUUGGUCACCGAGACUAUGUGUCCAAGGUGGUGGAGAGGUCUCGGAAGAACCGCGCGACUCGGGCGGCCAAGCUUGAGAAGGCCAAGGAGUCUGGAAGUUAUGUUGUCAAGCCGAAACGUGGAUCGACACCCAUUCAUUGGCUGAGUGGGACUAUGGGAAGUGUGUCAAGCAUGUCCUGGCAGCCUUUGUUACCGCCGCCGCCGCCACCGCUUGCGCCACAACCGAUGGUGACUGCGGGUGCACUUCCACCUCCACCAUCUAUGAAUGGCACCGGUGGUGGUGGUGGUGGUGGUGGUGGUAGUAGUAGUGGCGUGUGAUUUCCAGCCCCCAAGAGGACUGCUUGUAAUGGGAUUGGUUGUAACUUUAAGAAGUAAAAGUGACUUUUGUCCGAAACUGGUAGCUUUUGAGGUAAUGCGAGUGUGUAUGGAAUGG